GAAAUCUCUCAGGUUUGUUACCAAGCUAAACUCCUGCACAGUCCUGUAUACUUUGCAGUCAAUCAGCUCUAGCACCAUGCUAAUAACCCCUCGCGGUGGAAAAACCCCAGCUUCACGUGCUCUUGGACAUAUCUAAGGGACUGACAGCUUAUAAUAUCAUCCUAACGGCAAACUCUGCAUUUCACUGAGCGAUGCGAGCGUCUGCAGGCCUCUGAUCCACAGAAGAUGGACACACACCAGAGGAGUCACAUGAUCUUCUGCUGUGAUGCUCAAUGUGCACAUGAAGAAAGAAAGAAAGUCAUUGAGGUUUGGAACAACAUGUGGAGCAGAUACAGUGUAGGAGAUCGAGGUGUUAGGCUGUACGGCGCAUUACCCGUGAGGCCCAACCCUGAGGAGAAAAGACUGCCCUCUUCAGGGUUUGAUGGUGACAACAUGUACAUGAGUGAGAACAACCAAGAGUUCCUCUCCCCGAGUCAGCAGAAUUACUCAGGACAGGGAGGGGGCAGCGGGAACGGUGGAGGGGGGGGAGACGAGGACUACGAGAUCCCCCCUAUAACCCCCCCGAAUCACCCCGAGCCGCCCCUGCUGCACCUGAUGGACCCCGAGUCCAGCUACCUGUGUCACUCCAUCCCUCACAACGGCCUGAUCAACCCGUACUCCUACCCCGAGCUGCCCGCCCUCAUGAUGUCCAACAUGCUCGCCCAGGACGGACACCUGCUGUCCAGCCAAAUGCCCUCGAUGCCGGCGUUUGCGGGGCAAGCGGGCAGUUAUUACCCCCGCGCCCACCACAGCCCCAUGCUAAACAGAUCUGCCCGGAUACUGCCCCACCCCAUGAGCGCCCUGUCCCAGCUCAGCUCUCAGAUUGGCCAAGGCUCCUUUACACACGGUUCCCCAUCAUCGUCAGGAAGUCAGUCAGCCACGCCCUCCCCCUCAAGCUCCACCCAGGAAGAGGAAGCAAAGUACCACUCAAAGAUCACAGGAGAGAAGCGACCCUCCUCUGACAUGAUGAAGCCCAAGCCCAAACCUCAAAAGAAGAAGAAGAAGAAGGACCCCAACGAGCCGCAGAAGCCCGUCUCAGCCUACGCACUCUUCUUCAGGGACACUCAAGCCGCCAUCAAGGGCCAAAACCCCAACGCCACCUUCGGAGACGUCUCUAAGAUCGUGGCCUCCAUGUGGGACAGUCUGGGAGAAGAACAGAAACAAGCAUAUAAACGGAAAACAGAAGCAGCAAAGAAGGAGUACCUGAAGGCCCUGGCAGCGUACCGAGCCAGCCUGGUUUCCAAGACCUACAGUGACCCGGUGGAGAGCAAAAGCGCCCAGUCUAGUCAGCCGUCGUCACACAUGAUGGCCCCCAACACCCCCCUGUACAGCGUCCCACCCCAGCCCUCCUCCCCGUACCUGGGCCCCAGCCCCUUCCCCCUCUCGGACCUCCAGAGCUACGCGGCGGGGGCUCCCAGACACGGCCUGCCCCGUUCGGCCAUGCUGCCCACGCUCAGUGCCUCCCCCCCAGCGUCCUUCCAGAUCAGCCCUCCCCUCCACCAGCAGCUCUCUCUGCACCAGGGCUCCCUCCUCAACCAGCCAAUCCGCAUGCAGCAGGUCCAGUCACAGCCAAUCAUCUCUCACCAGAUGGGCCUCCAGGCUCCACUGCACUCCCCACCCCCAGGACAGCAGGGAUUCUCUCACUUACAGUCCGAGUAUCAGAAGAGCGUGGGGGGGUCUCAGUCUCCCGGGGCUCCGAACCCAGUGGGCCAGAACCCCGACUGGGACAGCGAGUACUGCAACCGGGAAUGCGGCGGAAACCACUGCAGUGGCAGUAUGAUAGGCAGGGAUAAGCCACUCUACCUCACUUGAAGCAAAACAAGGAGAACGGAAAGAGAAAAGAUGAAACAACACCAGGGAGUCCCCCCCGCACCUCUCCACCCUUCCCAGACAUCAUCAGUUUCCCUCAGUGUCAUUUUACAUUCGUUUUUAGAAGGAUGUGUGUGUGUACGCGUUCUGAAGACUACUAGUGAUCCUUUCAUUUUUGCCAAGCACUUAAAAAUGUACAGGCCUCUGCGCCAGAGACCUCAGAGAGCACUCACCCCGUCUCUGAAUAAACUUAAAAGAAAACAACAAAAAAAGAUGUAUAUAACAGAAAAAAAAAAAAAAAAAACGAAAAGGAAAAAAAAUAAAGCAAACUACCAUUAAACUGGCCCUCAGGGCAAAUGAGCUUUAACUAAAAGAGAGGAAAACUCUCCUCUUAGUUUCUCAGUUACUUUCCUCCUUGUCUCAUUUUUGUUUUAUUUUUUGUUUUGUUUUGUUGAUGUACUUUUAUUUAUUUCCUGCUUGCUCUUCUUUUGGCCAAUAACAGGUCCAUUACUCUUUUCGAGGGCGAUACAUUGCUGUUCAACUGAUGCUCUGUGAAUUUUAGGCGAAAAAAAAAUACAUAAAAUGGAAAAAUUGAUAAAUACAACUUCUUUUUGUAAAUUUAAAGACCCGUGUAGGUCUUUGUUGAUCUGUCACAGUGUGAUUGUAAAUAUCACUUUUUGGGGGGUCAAAUUGGGAAGAUGAAGUCCAGAUAUUUUUUCUUCUUUAAUAUGACUUAUAAUUCAUUGAUUUGUAUUUUAAAUGGUAUUUUGUGAAUGCGUGCCGGCGUGAAUGAGCGUGCGUGUGAGUGUAUUUGUGCGUUGUGUAACUGAACAGCCUGUGCAGGUGAUAUCAGAAGAGUGUUUCCACACGUACACAAUCUUGCAUUAAAAUCUGUGCUCACUGGUGUGAUUUCCCCCAAAAAAAAAAAGAUCUAUGGCAAAAACCAUGACAGACUGCAUGACCUGGCUCUCCAUUUAGGCUCCCCAAUUCAUUCGGAUUUCGAAACGGACUCCUGCACGACUCUGAGAUCGCAAACGCAUGGUCCGACGAAGAGUGUUUCACAGCCAAACUUGUGAAGUGAUUGGAUCAGCUUUGUUGAUGUACUCUCAGGUUUUAAAUGUGACGUAUAUAUAAGCGUAAAUGUUUCAGAUUCAGGUCAAAGGCCAGAAACGUGCUUUACACAAGUACACAGAUGUAAACACAAAUGUUUGUGCCAUUAAAUCAUUAACUUUAACUUAUCAUUCAGCAAUAUUCUCUUUCAACUUUUCUCCACCAUGACAGUAACUGACUGUAGAUGAAGAAAGCGCACCGCAUACUUUUGUUGUGCCGAAUCACAUUUCACAUUACACGUACUUGCAUAGAGUACGUUUCAAGCCUAAAGCAGUAGUUGUUUUGAAACUUGGGUCAUUUAUUUUGCCUGGUCUUGACUGACAUUAAAUCCACCAAUAUAACAUGUAAAGGUGAACUAUAAUGUUCUCAAUGUGAGAUAAUACAGCACACAGUAAAUUAAAACAACAGUGGGUCUAUAGUUUUCUAGUAGCUUUUGCUAGAUGUUCUAUUGUGUUGAUCUCAUCUUUAAGUUUUGUGGGAAAAAAUUAAAUGCAUUCGAUCAUUUAGUCAAACGUUUUAUUUUAAUCUCUCUUUUUUUUCUACUGUAGCAUACUAUUUUUAGUUGAAUAAAAGAAAUAACUUCUAAGACAUUUAAUUUGUGUACAAACCUGCCAAUUGUAGUUAUUUUAUUUGUAAAGUCAGCAAUGAUAAUUAUUUUAAAAUUGUUAUCAGCAAGUUGCCCAUCAGUUAAUAUUUAAUAAUGUUUAACAGGUUUCUAUUUAUGAACAAAAUGAGAUCAAUUUUGCUUAUAACUACAAUAUUUGAAUUUUAUUGUUUUGUUUUUUGAUUAUGAUGAUGCUUUUAUUUUUACUUUUUGAAUACUGUUUUUUUUUUCUUUCCUUGCCAGCCAGGUCAUUUUGUGUCACUAUGCCUUUUUGUUUCAUUUUGUCCGUAAUAAAAACGUUAAAUGAGA